AUGCAGAGAUUUGUCCAGCUUCUAAUGAAGUCUGUAAUUCCUGUUAUACCGGUUCGAGGUAUCGCUGAUUCGCUGAUCGCAUGUUCUUAUGUUAAUCCUUACAGUAGACGAACAGGACGAGGACAUGCAAAUGAUUUUACACAUCGUGAUUUGCCUCGAUUUAUCAUAGCGAACAAAAAAAACUUUACAAGAACCAUAGCUCGAUUGGUUGGUGUCGAUAGUGGUUUGGGAAAGGCUAUGUUGAUGCUGGAUGUUGGAAAAAAACCGAAGCAAAGGAAACUAAACGAGGCAAAAAGGAACCGUUUAGGGAGAAUGUUUUUGGAGCACGUUUUUCAGAUUUUGUGUGAACAUGAUCGAUUUUGUGACAUAGAAGGAUUGGAAUUGUACAAGGUUGAUGUGGGCCCAACAUUUAAAGUAAUGGACGUUUACUGGUUAGCAAAAGGUGACAAGUCCGAUGAGAUUAUAGAAAAAGUGCUAAAGGGAUCAGAAGACUUCGUGCGUAAAAGGCUUUCGGAAUUGCUAGGCAGUCAUAAUAUUCCACGCUUAACUUUCAUUGCUGAACGUAAACAUCUUCUGGAGCAGGAAAUGAAUCGUUUAUUUGAGAAAGCAGAUUACGGUAUGCAGUAUCGAGCUUUAAGUCACACUGGUGCGGUCCUAGGAUCAAUGGCUGAUGCAGGUUCACCCAAUGGUGAUGAAUAA